CUCCGGGCGACGGGGAAGGCGGCUCCAAGACACUGUCGCUGCACGGCGGUGCCGAGAAAGGCGGCGACCCCGGGGGCCCCCUGCACGGGGCGCUCAAGGCCCGCGGCUUGGGCGGCGGCGACCUGUCGGUGAGCUCGGACUCGGACAGCUCGCAGGCCGGCGCCACCCUGGGCGCGCAGCCCAUGCUCUGGCCCGCCUGGGUCUACUGCACGCGCUACUCCGACCGGCCUUCUUCAGGCCCCCGGUCCCGAAAACCAAAGAAGAAGAACCCCAACAAAGAGGACAAGCGGCCUCGCACCGCCUUCACGGCCGAGCAGCUGCAGAGGCUGAAGGCAGAGUUCCAGACCAACAGGUACCUGACUGAGCAGCGGCGCCAGAGCCUAGCGCAGGAGCUCAGCCUCAACGAGUCCCAGAUCAAGAUCUGGUUCCAGAACAAGCGCGCCAAGAUCAAGAAGGCCACGGGCAACAAGAACACGCUGGCCGUGCACCUCAUGGCCCAGGGCCUGUACAACCACUCCACCACAGCGAAGGAGGGCAAGUCGGACAGCGAGUAGCAGCAGGGUGGGCGAGGCCUGCAGGCCGCGCGAAACAAUGCAAUAAUUUAAAAUCAUAAGGGCCAGUGUAUAGAGAUUAUACCAGCAUCAAUCGUGAAAAUAUUGUGUAUUAGCUAUGGUUCUGCAAUAUUCUAUGUAUAUAUAAUUUACAGGUGUUGUAAAAUCCAAAAUAUCAGACUAUAAAGUAUUUUUUUGCUUUUUUGUGUUUACGAGAUUAUGCUAAUUUUAUCUUUUUUUUUUUUUUUUUUGCAAAGGGGGCUGCUUAGGGUCUCAUCUUUUUUUAAUCCCCUAAGCUCCAUGAUGGGACAUCAGACAUUUUUUAUUAUUAUUAUUUCAAAAGAAGAAAAAAAUUAAAACAACUUGCUAAAGUCCAAAGAUUUUUAUUGCUGCAUCUCACACGACUGUGAACAGAAUAAAUAGCUCCUAUUUGGUCUAAGAGUUCUGCCACUUUGUUUGUAUUGGCUUGGACAGGACAGCAGAGCCUGGAAUCCGGGGCCUGGGGCCUGGGCCUUCUGGAGCUCAGGGGCCCUGGCAGAAAUAGGGCACUCGCGGGUCUUUGCCUGAGGUCCAGUCUUGGCCUUGGAGGCAGGCUCGCAGUGACACAGGGCCUGUGUUGGGAAGCAGGCCUCACCCUGCCCUGGCUCCGGCUGCUCUCCUCUCUGUCCUCUCUUCCUGUCCCACUCCCCAGCCUCCUCCAGGCCUGGCCCACACCUCCCUAUGUACUUCUGUCCACGUCUGUGUUUCUGUGCCCUGCUCCGUGACAGCCCACUAGCGCCAGCUCUUCUGCCGUGGCACUGGAGUGAGGGGCAGGGGCUGGCCCAGAGCCCUCAAGAUUGGGGUGCCCCUCCUCCUCCAGGCCCCAGCUAGCCAGCCCCCAAACCCAGCAAGGUCUUUGCCAAAGGAUGGGCAGAGGGAGUUGGCAAUGUGUUCCUUUCCUUUUCCUUUUUUUCCCUUUCAUUUUUUCUAGCCACUUCCACUGUUCUUCCAAGAUAAUAUAUGUGUGUGUACAUAUUUGUGUAAGCACGUGCACGCACGCACCAGGCGUGCACCCGGCCCCAGUUCUGGAACCUGAGGCUACCUUGACUUUCAAAGAAACUCAGACCCCUUCGGGAUCUAGAAGGAAGAAAGGGUGUAAAUAAUCAUU